GGAGCGAGAGGCACCGGGAGUUUGGCCGCGAGAUAAAGAAAUCCCCGGAGAGCGCCGGCCCCGCGGGCCCGGAGGGGCGCGUCGCACCCCGAUGUAACCCACGCACCCUGCCCGAGCCCGGCCCCUGCGCGGCGGGGGUGAUGUGAGCAGAGCCCAGGAAUGCCUUAUGUGGAUCGGCAGAACCGAAUCUGUGGGUUUCUGGACAUCGAGGAGAAUGAGAACAGUGGCAAGUUUCUGCGGAGGUACUUCAUUCUGGACACCCAGGCCAACUACCUUCUCUGGUACAUGGACAACCCCCAGAACCUGGCAAUUGGGGCAGGAGCUGUUGGAUCUUUGCAGCUGACCUACAUCUCGAAGGUGAGCAUAGCCACUCCAAAGCAGAAACCAAAGACUCCAUUUUGCUUUGUCAUCAAUGCCCUCUCUCAGAGGUAUUUUCUUCAAGCCAAUGACCAGAAAGAUCUGAAGGACUGGGUUGAAGCUCUGAACCAAGCCAGCAAAAUCACUGUACCCAAAGUUGGGAACCUGCCUCUGACGACGGAAGUUCUCAAAAGCAUAGCAGUUCCGCCAGCCCUCGAGAAGAAGCCGCAGGUGGCCUACAAGACAGAGAUCAUCGGAGGGGUGGUGGUCCACACGCCCAUCAACCAGAAUGGUGGGGAUGGGCAGGAAGGGAGUGAGCCAGGGUCCCACGCCAUCCUUCGACGGUCUCAGAGUUACAUUCCCACGACGGGCUGCCGUGUGCCCACCGGCCACCCCUUCAUUAAGAGCGGCUACUGUGUGAAGCAGGGGAACGUGCGGAAGAGCUGGAAACGUCGCUUCUUUGCGCUUGAUGACUUUAGCAUCUGCUACUUCAAGUGUGAGCAGGACCGAGAACCACUGCGCACUAUAUUUCUCAAGGAUGUCCUCAAGACCCAUGAGUGUCUGGUCAAAUCUGGUGAUCUCUUAAUGAGGGACAACCUGUUUGAAAUCAUCACAAGCUCCAGGACCUUCUACGUACAGGCGGACAGCCCAGAAGACAUGCACAGCUGGAUUAAAGAGAUCAGGGCAGCUGUCCAGGCCCUCAAGUGCCACCCCAGAGAAAUGUCCUUUUCUAGAUCCAUUUCUUUGACUCGCUCUGGAAGCUCCAGCCUGUCGGGUGGGCCCAGCUCUGUCUUCUGCAGAGGACGGCCAGCCGGGGAAGAGAAGAAAGCCCUCUGCAAAGCCCCCUCCGUGGCCUCCUCCUGGCAACCCUGGACACCUGUCCCCCAGGCCGGGGAAAAGCUACAUCCACCCGAAGAGACUCUGGAGGACUCUUUGUUCACGUCUCGACUUGGGGAGAGCAAUACUUCUGGGGCGUUGCCCAGCUCCCGGAUAAGGCACCGAUCGGAGCCCCAGCACCCCAAGGAGAAGCCAUUUAUGUUCAACCUUGAUGAUGAGAACAUACGGACUUCUGAUGUGUGAUGAGGCAUAG